AGGGAGGAAAAAUAAGAAAAUGUCCCUCUUCCCCAAAAUAGCCUUGAGACCCGAAGUCGAAGACUACCUCAGGGCGAGCUUUAAGAAUGAGGAGAUUGUAACUGCUUUAGGUGUUCAGGAAGCAGAAAGGAAAUUUGAAACCUUGUUAAAUCACUUGUCACACCCGCCAGCAUUCACAACUGUUAGAGUGAAUACUCAUUUAGCAUCUGUAAAACAUGUGGAAGAUUUGCUGCUUGAAGAAAUAAAUAAGCAGUUUAAUGGCUUAAGUGUUCCAAUUCUUCAGCACCCAGAUGUUCAGGAUGUGUUACUUAUUCCUGUAAUUGGACCCAGGAAAAAUAUAAACAAGCAGCUCUCGGAAGUCAUUGUUGGAGCUCACUGUGGUAAUGCUGUGCUAAGGGGAGCACAUGUCUAUGUUCCAGGAAUCUUGUCUGCUUCAAAAUUUAUGAAAGCUGGAGAUAUUGUCUCUGUUUAUUCUGAUAUUGAAGGAAAAUGUAAAAAAGGAGCCAAAGAAUUUGAUGGAAAAAAAGUAUUUCUUGGAAAUGGGAUUUCUGAACUGAGCCGCAAUGAAAUUUUCAGUUUGAGCAGUCCACUGACGUAUGUUAAAAGAGGCAUAGGUAUACGAAUGACAGAACCAGUGUAUCUCAGCCCUUCAUUUGACAGUGUACUGUCCAGUUCCUUGUUUUUGCAGAAUUUGCCUUCUGCAGUGGUGAGCCAUGUUUUGGAUCCUCAGCCAGGAGAGAAGAUUCUGGAUAUGUGUGCAGCACCUGGAGGCAAAACAACCCAUAUUGCAGCAUUAAUGCGUGAUCAGGGUGAAGUAAUAGCACUGGACAAAAUACCCAACAAAGUAGAAAAAAUAAAGCGAAAUGCUGCAUUAUUACAGUUGAGCUGUAUCAGGGCCUUCUGCUAUAAUGGGACAAAGGCACUUGGGAAGGCAGAGAACGGACAAGGGGGACCACCAUUCUUACCUGAGUCCUUUGAUCGAAUUCUUCUUGAUGCUCCUUGUAGUGGGAUGGGACAGAGACCAAACAUGGCUUACACUUGGACUCUAAAGGAAGUGACAUCUUAUCAGCCAUUACAAAGAAAACUCUUUACUGUGGCAGUUCAGCUGCUAAAGCUGGGGGGUGUGCUGGUCUACAGCACGUGCACAGUCACACUGGCAGAAAAUGAAGAACAGGUUGCUUGGGCUCUCAGGGCUUUUCCUUGUCUCCAGCUUCUGCCUCAGGAACCACAUAUUGGAGGAGAAGGAAUGGUAGGAGCUGGCCUAUCAGUUGACCAGCUGAAGCAGCUGCAGCGAUUUGAUCCAUCCAUUAUACCAUUAAAGGAUACUGACAUAACCUCCAUUAGAGAUGCCAGGAGAGAAGACAUGAUUUGGUUAGCAAAUAAGGACUGUAUAGGGUUUUUUAUUGCGAAAUUUGUGAAACGUGAAAGCUUUUAGGAAAAGAACUUUCAGAAGUCAAAAUUCCACCAAGUGUUUGCUGCAUAAAAAUAUUAUUGCUGCAGUGUUGUCAGGCCAGCAGACUGAUAACAUGGUUGCUGUGGUUGCUAUGGAAGCAGGAAAAUGUGCCAGUUUUUCUUUUAAGAAUCAAGAGUGACAGGUUAAAGAAGUCAAAGGGGUAGAGUGAGAUUAUGUUUAUGAAGAAUUCAUUUUAACUUAUAAUGUUUGAGACUACAAAGAAGAUACCUUCAGAUGUAUGAAAAUAUCUUCUUUGUUGGUCUGUUUUUGUUCAUAAGGAAUGUGAUAUAGUAAAUGUCAGAUUAUAUUUUCUACAGAUUUCCCUUUUAAGUGCAUAUUUAAUAUUUAAAUCACUUGGUUACAUUAAAAAUAUUUUCUGUUCACAAUUUCUUUAGUACUAUCAAUGUAUCAGAAAUUCACGUUUUUCUGUGUUUUAUUCACUUUUUUCAGCUGUUACUUGGUAAAUCUUAUCUCUUCUAACUGAAAUAAAGUUAAUAGUAUUUCUGGAA